AUGAGUUCUACUGUUAGCUGGGAGGAAUUGUCACCUUUACUUGACAGAAGAUGUAAUGAUUCACUGGUGUCAAGAAGGAUCCCAUUCUUAGAGUCUCUGAAGAAGGUCAUUGACUCAGAAACCUUGGAAUUACCUCAAUUAACACAAAUUUCCGUUAUUUUACUCAAGACUUUCAUGACAUACCAAGAUACCCAGUCCAAAGAAUUGGUCACUAGGAUUUUCCAAUCUAUCUUAAAAAUCGAGCCACGUUUAUUAGAAAAAUAUUCAACUUUCAUCUUAGCGCAAGUCUCUAAGAACCCAGGUACUAAGGCUGUAUCCGAUUAUUUAAAUAUUCUUGAUUGGGUUCAUGCAUUUCUCAAAGAUAUCUCUUCAGAUCCUACCUUAGUUUCCGAAUAUGCAAGCAGAUUGUUAGAAGCUCAUACCUAUACGACUUUUGGUAUCGAAAAUGUUUUAGACAACCAAGAAGGAAUCAAGAAAGCACAAAACAAACGUAAUCAACAUAGGAGGAGAAUCCGUGAAAGUGUUCUUCAAUCAACAACAAAAACUUUUACUCAAUGCUUCAAGAGUACAGAGAAUGGUGUUCCAUUUCUUGAAAUUGUUCUACAAAAUAUUUUGGAAUCGAAUACCAAACAAAAACUUCCAAUAACAGGUAUUGUUAUUGCAAUGGGCGCCUUAACUCAAUCUUCAAUGCAAUUAUUCUCUGCUCAACCAGCUUUAUAUAAUUUAUUGAAGGAAAAAUAUGUCGAGAAAUAUUGUACCUUCUUAGGCAAAGAUAUUCUUUUGGCUAAGGUUCCACCAUCAGCCUUCACUUUAGAAAUAUCACUGAAACCCUUUGUGAAAGAAUUUGUAACUGAAGCAUUAUUUAAUGAACAUUUUGUUCCUAAUAUGGAAAAGGCUAAUUUAAGAGCUCCAGAAUUAGGAUUUGCAAUUGCUAACGAAUUAUACUCUGGCGUUGACGCGAAGAAGAUCAAUUUGCUGAAGGUUUUCACUUCAUCCAAAUUAAUGUCCCAAUCAUUCUCAUCUUUCAAAAGCUCAAAAGAAAUUGUCAGAGAACUUUCAUCAAACUCAGUAAUCACCCUAUUAAAAUCAUUGAAUGAUGAAACUACGGAGGAACCUAAUUUACUCAAAUUCAUUGACGAAAUCUUUAAGAAUAUCAAGUCUAAUUUGAAUGCAGAUUAUAAAUAUCUAGUGUCCAAGAUUCUUGUGGUAGUUCCAACCUCUUCUGAGACCGUCUCUACAAAGAUCGUUCAAGGAUUGUCAACGUAUAUUACUAAAGAAGGUAAAGAAAAUGCGCUCUGUUUAAUGCUAUCUGCUUUUUUCACACAUUAUUUCAACUUACCCACCGCUGUAGAUGAUAUGAACAAAAUCAUAAGGAAUGGAUUCAAAGAUAAGACAUUGAAUAUAAGGAAAUGCUGGUUUACCAUAUUCCUCGAAUAUUCCAAAAAGGCAUCUCCAUCAUUACUUGGAGAGUUCGAAACUGAUUGCUUAGAAUUCGUUACAUCGACGUUAGGGCAUUUACAUAAACAUGAUCACAAGAGUUUAUUAGGAUGUCUAGAAUAUAUUUCUGCUUCAUAUACUUCAGGUAAUAAAGGCUUGCAGGACAAAGUACAAAACAUGAUCGAAUCCCUUCCAGAAUCAUCUGCCUUGGGUGAUGCAUUCGUUACAGUAGCAUUAUCGACUGCUUUACCAUCCACUGAUCGUUUACAUUCGAUAGAAUUGUUACACGACUCAUUUAUAAGGCAUCCUAAAUUGCUUGGGUUAUCCAUUGCUACUGCUGUAGAGAAAUGUUUAAAUGAAACAACUGAUGAUCUUUCUGCGAGAAUGAUAUCGUUCAAAUAUAUCGCACCAAUAUUUAACUCUAUCUCUCAACCAAUCGAAGAUGCUUCUGUUUUAACGUCUGUUCUUAUUGCGCAAUUAAUUAUCUCACAAUUCACCGGUUUCAAGCUUAAGAACGGUUGGGCAGGUUUAGUGCUUCAAGCUAAGCAAGAUCCAGCAACAAUUGUUGCUGCUCAUGCUAAGCAAAUUAUCGAAAGAAUUAUUUCAAUCACAAAUGACGCUAAAUAUAUAGAUACCCCCUUUUCUGAGUGUGCCUUUAAAGCUGCUGCUUAUACAUCAUUCAUUAAUCCAACGGCUAUUGCUCCCUUAUUGUCUGAUUUAAUUAAAUCUGAUUUAGCAGUUGGCGAGUUACCACGUCUCACUGCUGAAGACUUCGAGAUUUGGGAAGGUAAUGAAAAUGUUAUGGUUGUGAACAUCUUAGAUAAAAAGAUGGUUAAUAAACUUUCUGACAAAAAUACCAAAGAUUACGAAACUUUAAAAUGGGAACAAAGUAUUAGAAAAGAACAAGCUAAAAAGAAUGCUAGAAAGUAUACAAAGGAAGAACAAGCCUUAGUCAAUGAACAAUUGGCUAAAGAAUCUGAGAUUAGAAAAAGAAUUAAUUCCAUCAAAGUCCGGUUGCAUCGUGCUGUUAAAUUAAUCAAACAAUUGAGUAAGGAAUCAACUUUAGUGGAUAACGGUAAUCAAGUCUGGUAUCCAGUCGCUGUUAAUAAUUUAUUAAGACUUGCUCAAGAGCCAAGUUCAUCCAAAUUAGUAAAUACUUCUAUCAACGAUACUUUCCUAGCCCUUAGCGAUAACUUUUCAGAUCGAUUGGAGACAAUGGGUUUCUUUAUCGGUUUAGCUAUUCUUCGUGUACACAAGGUAACAAACAUUCCUGAAAAUUACUUAGAGGAACCAUUAGAAGAUCUUCUAUCAAGAGUUUUAUUCAGAGUUAAAUUUGUUUGUAACCAAAAAGCAUUAGAUUCCAUCAGUUUAACUUAUUUAUUACCUCUUUUGAUUAAUGUUUUGGAAGAAGGUAAACGUGUUUCAAUUAAAAACGCGGAUAAACCAUUGGCAAGAACUGAAUUUGUGGAAGAAGAUAAAGAAGAAGAACAUUUAUUGCUGGCAAUGGAAAUCAUCUCGGUCCAUGCAGAUGUUUUCGAAGACAGAUCAAUUCCAAGAAUACCUAUCAUUAGCGUCUUAUUGUCAUUAUUGAAAUUACCUUCCAAGGCUAAGAUUGCCAAAGAUUGUUUUAAUGCAUUAUGCCAGAGUAUUUCUGUUUCUCCUAAUCAAGAUGAUUUAGAUAUUAUCUUAUCAAAUCUCUUAUCACCAAAUCAAUUCGUUCGUUCAACAAUUCUUGAAACUUUAGACAAUGAAUUUGAAUUGGAGCCGUUCAUGGAAUUUUCUCCAGAGAUUUUUAUCUGUAGGUUUGAAUCUGAUGAAUCCAACAAAGAAAUAGCUGACUUCAUUUGGGAUUUCAACAAGUUUAAAAUCAAUGAUGAAUUGAUUACAAAGUUAUUAACUUUAUUUAAUCAAGAUGAUAGUGGUCUACGUCUUUUCACUGCGAAGGCAUAUGCUUACGCUUCUAUGUAUUUAGCCAAGGACUCAGCUUCUGUUUUACAAGAACACUUAAAUGUAUUGCUUCGAUUCUAUGAAGAAAAAAGCAAACCGCUAGAGGCUAUAUUAGAUGAAUUUGGUUUAGUUGUCGUAAGUGCGGCUGAACGUAAAGAUCCAUGGCAAGACAGAAGUACAGUUGCAAUUACUCUUAAGGAAAUGGCUGCUGGGUUAUCGGAAGAAGAUGAUUCCAUCGUUAAUACCAUCAAAUUCUUAGUCGAAAGCGGAGCUUUGGGUGACAGAGAACCGCUCGUUCGUCAAGAAAUGAAAGAGGCAGGUAUCGAGGUUAUUACUAUACAUGGAGCCAAUAAAUCAGAAGAAUUAAUUCCAAUCUUUGAACAUUCUCUAGUAUCAGACAUUCCUGCUUCUAUUAAAGAAAAUGUCAUUAUUUUAUAUGGUACAUUGGCUAGACAUUUGAAGAAAGAUGAUCCAAGAAUCCACAUCAUCAUUGAUAGAUUACUAGCAACUCUAGAUACUCCAUCAUCAGAUGUUCAAGAAGCUGUUUCUGAAUGUAUUGCCCCCCUAGUUUUCCAAUUUAGAUCCAACGUUGAGGGAUACAUUAGAGACUUGAUGAACAAGCUUUUGGAUCCAACCUGUCCGGCCAGGGUCCGUAAAGGGGCUGCAUGGGGCAUUUCAGGGUUAGUUAAAGGGUACGGUAUCUCUGCAUUAAGUGAGUUCGAUAUUAUCCGUAACUUAAUGGAAGCUGCUGAAGAUAAGAAAGAAUCGAAGAGACGUGAAUCAGUUGCAUUAGCAUUUGAAUGUCUAUCCAAAUCAUUAAAGAAAUUUUUCGAACCUUAUGUUAUCGAAGUUUUACCAAAUAUUCUAAAAAAUUUGGGUGAUUCUGUACCCGAAGUUCGUAAUGCAACUGCAGAAGCUACCAAAGCGAUUAUGGGUCAUACUACAAGUUAUGGUGUUAAGAAAUUAAUUCCAGUUGCUGUAUCAAACUUAGAUGAAAUAUCAUGGAGAACGAAGCGAGGAUCCGUUGAACUAUUAGGUAAUAUGGCUUACCUGGACCCAACACAAUUAUCCAGCUCGUUGUCUACUAUUGUCCCAGAAAUCGUUGGUGUUUUGAAUGAUUCUCAUAAAGAAGUUCGUAAGGCUGCUGACGAGUCAUUGAAGAGAUUCGGUGAGGUUAUAAGAAACCCUGAAAUUCAGAACCUAGUUCCAGUUUUACUUCAAGCUAUUGGUGAUCCAACCAAAUACACAGAGGAUGCUUUGGACGCAUUAAUUCAAACCCAGUUUGUUCAUUAUAUCGAUGGUCCAUCUCUUGCUUUGAUUAUCCACGUUAUCCACCGUGGUAUGCACGAUAGAUCAGCGAACACAAAGAGGAAGGCAUGUAAAAUCGUUGGUAACAUGGCAAUUCUUGUCGAUACUAAGGAUUUGAUUCCAUAUCUACAACAACUGAUUGAUGAAGUUAAAAUCGCGAUGGUUGAUCCAGUUCCAAAUACAAGAGCCACAGCUGCUCGCGCAUUAGGUGCCUUAGUCGAAAGAUUAGGUGAAGAACAAUUCCCAGAUUUAAUUCCUCGUUUGUUAGACACAUUAAGUGACGAAAUGAAAUCAGGUGAUCGUCUAGGUUCUGCUCAAGCUUUGGCGGAAGUUAUCAGUGGGUUGGGUCUAUCUAAGUUGGAUGAAUUAUUACCAACAAUUUUGGCAGGUGUAACUAAUUUCCGUGCUUAUGUUAGAGAAGGGUUUAUGCCAUUAUUGUUGUUUAUCCCAAUCUGUUUCGGUGCCCAAUUUGCGCCAUACAUUAAUCAAAUUAUUCAACCUAUUCUUUCCGGGCUUGCUGAUAAUGACGAGAACAUUCGUGACACAUCCUUAAAAGCUGGUAAGUUAAUCGUUAAAAACUAUGCUACAAAAGCUAUCGACUUAUUAUUACCAGAAUUAGAAAGAGGUAUGUUUGAUGAGAAUGAUCGUAUCCGUUUAUCUUCCGUUCAAUUAACUGGUGAAUUGUUAUUCCAAGUUACUGGUAUUUCUGCAAGAAAUGAAUUUACCGAAGAACAAGAAGAUUACAAUACUGAGACCUCGACGAAGUUAGUUGAUGUCUUAGGUCAAGAUCGUCGUGAUAGAGUUUUGGCAGCAUUGUUUGUAUGUAGAAACGAUACAUCUGGUAUUGUCAGAGCGACCACGGUUGAUAUCUGGAAGGCCCUUGUGCCAAACACUCCUCGUGCUGUUAAGGAAAUCUUACCAACAUUGACAAGUAUUAUUGUCACUCAUUUGGCCUCUUCAUCUAACGUCUUACGUAAUAUUGCCGCACAAACUCUUGGUGACUUAGUUCGUCGUGUUGGUGGAAAUGCUUUAUCUCAAUUGUUACCAACAUUGGAAGAAUCAUUGGAAGAAUCCUCCAAUUCUGACUCUAGACAAGGUGUCUGUAUUGCGUUACAUGAGUUGAUCGAAUCCUCAUCGGGAGAAUCAUUAGCUACUUUCCAAGAUAUCAUUGUCAAUAUUAUUCGUAAGACUUUGAUAGAUGUCGAUGAAAGUGUCAGAAGCUCAGCUGCGUCUGCAUUUGAUGCCUACCAAAAUGUUGUUGGCAAUUUAGCUGUGGAUGAAAUUAUUCCAUACUUGUUACAUAUGCUAAAAUCCGAAGAUGAUUCUGAAUACGCAUUACUUGGAUUGCAAGAUAUUAUGUCUACUAAAUCCGAAGUUAUUUUCCCAAUUUUAAUCCCAACAUUGUUGGCUUCACCAAUCGACGCCUUCAGAGCAUCUGCUCUUGGUUCUUUAGCUGAAGUGGCUGGUUCGGCCUUAUACAAACGUUUAUCUACUAUCGUCAAUGCUGUAGUCAAUGCACUUGUUUCGGACCAUCCGGAUGAAGAAACUAAACAUUCCUUAGAAACUACUCUUGAUAAGAUUUUCCUAUCUGUUGAUGAAGAUGAAGGUUUACAUCCAUUAUUGCAACAAAUUAUGUCAUUGUUGAAGAGUGAUGAUAAAGCUAAGCGUUCUGUUAUUUCAAAACGUCUACCAAAUUUCUUUGAACAUACAACAUUAAAUUUGGAUAUUUAUGUUCCAGAUUUUGUUUCAUAUGCUAUUUUAUCAUUAGACGAUAAUGAUCCAGAAGUUGUAGAAGGUAACUUCAACGCUUUGACUGCUUUAUUAAAGACCCAAGAUAAAUCUAUGUUAGAAAAGUUAGUGAAACCAGCAAAGCAAGCCUUAGCAUUAACUGGUACUCAGGGAGAAGAUCUUGCGGCAUUCAAAUUACCCAGGGGUCCAAAUUGUGUUUUACCAAUUUUCUUGCAUGGUUUAAUGUAUGGUUCUAGUGAUGAACGUGAAGCCUCAGCUUUAGCUAUUGCUGAUGUUGUUUCUAAGACUCCAUCUGCUAACUUAAAACCAUUUGUUAGUGUAAUUACAGGUCCUUUAAUCCGUGUUGUUGGUGAAAGAUUCAGUAGUGAUAUUAAAGCUGCUAUCUUAUUUGCAUUGAAUAUUUUAUUUGUUAAGAUUCCUCAAUUCUUAAGACCCUUCAUCCCACAAUUACAAAGAACUUUUGUUAAAUCGUUAUCGGACCCAAGUAACGAAACUUUGCGUUUGCGUGCAGCAAAGGCUCUUGGUACAUUGAUUGAAUACCAACCUCGUGUUGAUCCAUUAGUUGUUGAAUUAGUUACCGGUGCAAAGCAAGCUACAGAUGAAGGUGUUAAGACAGCUAUGUUAAAGGCUUUGUUGGAAGUUAUUGUUAAAGCAGGUAAUAAAUUAAAUGAAACAUCUAAGAAUAAUGUUGUUAAUUUGGUUGAAGAAGAAAUGCUAAGUAGUAAUGAUAAACUUGCUAUUGCUUAUGCUAAAUUAAUUGGUUCAUUAUCUGAAAUUUUAUCACCAAGUGAAGCACAUAAGAUUUUAGAAGAAAAGGUAUUAUCUGUUGAUUUAAACGAAGAAUCUGGUAAAUUUGCUAUUUUGACAUUAAAUUCAUUCUUAAAAGAUGCUCCAGGUCAUAUUUUCAACCCUGAAUUAAUUGAUUCUUUUGUGAAAUACAUUAUAAAUGCUAUUUCCUCAACCAAUCCAUAUUUCGGAGAAAAUGGUAUUAUUGCUGCGGGUAAAUUGCUAUUAUUAGAAAAUGAGAAAAAAUCACCAUUCUCCAAGAAUGAAAGUUCUUCACCAUUUGCUCUUGGUGAAGAAAACAUCAAGAAUUUAAUCGAUGUAUUAGCAACCGCUUCAUUACAACCAACUUGUAACUCAGCUGAUUGUAGAAGAGUAGCAUUGGUUGUAAUUCGUACAAUGGCAAGAUUUAAAUUUGAUGAAUGUGUUAAACCAUACAUCACCGUAUUAGGUUUAUCAGUAUUUGGUAGUUUACGUGAUCCAAUCAUUCCUGUGAAAUUAGCAGCUGAAAAGGCAUACCUUGCAUUAUUUAAGCUAGUUGAAGAACCAGAUAUGAAAACUUUUAAUGAAUGGUUUUCAUUAACAUCUUCUGGUGAAACAUCCACAACAACGAUCGUUGGGACAAGUAUUCAAUUUAGAUCUAUUGGUGAUUUCACUAAGAGAGUUGGUAAAAGAUUAGCUACUGUUGAAAGAGACAGAAUAGCAGCAGGUGGUGAUGCUGAAACAAUGUUUAGUGACAGAUUUGAAGAUGAAAGAGAAAUCUGGGCAGUUGGUGGAGUCGAAUUAAACAAUAAUGACAUUUGA